UACCGCGACGUCCUACACACCAGUCACUCACUGGUUGUUUUUUUGUUUAAGGCAGAGCUGAAGUCAACAGCAGACAGGAUGUUGCGGCUUCGCUGUAAAACCAAAAAUGGGAGCCACAUCAUGCAGGGCUUGACUCAUCAGUCCUGUGUGCAAGAGCUGAAGAGUAAGGUGGAGGAGCUGACAGGUAUCCCGUGUGAUGUGCAGAAAAUAAUGGUUGGUUAUCCACCAUCAAGCCUUGAUCUUCGUAAUGGAGACGCUCACCUUAAGGACUACCCCAUCAAAUCAGGAGACACGCUCAUUGUUGAGGAAGAAAAGAAUAAACCAAAGCCUCAGGAUCAUCCCACUGUGACUAAAACACCACGUCUGGAAGCCUCACCUGUACUGGCACGUCGGGUAGUCCCAGCUGACAACUCCUGCCUCUUCACCAGUGUGAAUUAUGUGGUGGAAGGGGGUGUCUAUGAACCUUCAUGUGCCCCUGAGAUGCGAGGCCUCAUCGCUCAGAUUGUGUCCAGUAACCCCACAGCCUACUCCGAGGCGGUGCUGGGAAAGUCAAACGAAGAGUACUGCACGUGGAUACGACGUGACGACACCUGGGGAGGAGCCAUCGAGGUGUCAAUCCUCUCAAAGUUUUACCAGUGUGAAAUCUGCGUGGUGGACACUCAGACAGUGCGGGUUGAUCGUUUUGGGGAGGACGCAGGCUACCACAAACGCGUGCUUCUCAUCUACGAUGGCAUCCACUAUGACCCUCUGCAGAAAGAAACGCCUGGCUCUGACGUCCCGCCCCAGACUAUCUUCUCCUCUACGGACGACGUGAUCCUGGCGCAGGCACUGGAGCUGGCAGAUGAGGCUCGUCGCAAACGACAAUUCACGGACGUUAACCGCUUUGCGCUACGCUGCAUGGUGUGCCAGACCGGCCUGGUCGGACAGAAGGAAGCACGUGAGCACGCCAAGGAGACGGGCCACACCAAUUUUGGAGAAGUGUGAAUGUUGUUCUGUCUUUCCUCCUCUCACAAAUACAAACACCGCCAACCCCGUGCCCCACAUGUGGCUACUCUGUUGGUCUUUCUGUCAAUCUGCUUGUGUGAUCCUCUACCUCACAUUGUCCAGCGACAUCUACAGAGCAUCUGCAGACACUGUGUUCAGCCUCUAGCCGGUUCAGUAUUACGUACAGUAUAUACUGCUUUCAGUUCUCAAAGUCAGAAACACUACUGCAGAGCUCGGAUGUUACAAAAACCAUCACUUCAGUCUGUCAGGGAUGGUUUAAAAUACGUUAAACAGGGUCAAGUAAAAUAACGCAAAUAAUUCUUAGGCGUUUGUUUUAAUAAGUUUUGAAUCUUCGAUGUCUGGCUCAAAGCGAUAAUGAACCACGUGGUGACUGUAGGGCUGUAUCCUGUUUGGACUUCAUCAGUCGAGUUGAACUAGACUGAUCUUACAUGGAAGCUUUGACUAUUUGUCCCAGUUAAUUGCUGUACCAGAUAGGGUUGUCACAAACCAGAAUUUAAACUUUAAUACAAUACUAGUUAAAAUCUAACAAAUUCGAUACCUGCUUUGAUCUCACAGCAACAAAAAUAGAAGUCUUUGGCACCUAUAAAACAAAUUCUAUUUCUUGUUUAAAUUAUAACAUUGCAAGCAAACUCAUGCACAAAUACCUUUGCAAAAUAUAAUUUAAACACCCAGCUGAUUAACUUCUGGGCAACUAAAUCUACACCAGUAAAUCAUGAAUUAUCACCUAGUCAUAUACUCGAGAUCUGUAGUUCUUUAAAAGCUCCAGUACUUUCCGGGAGUUUACAUUGUUAAUCACUAGGUAUCAAAAAGUUUUGAGGCAUUGAUUAUUUCAAAAACCUUGAUUAUAACGAACUGCAGUCGGACACAGAAUCAUGUCCCUGUAGUUUUUAACCUGAUACAGUAAUCACAAAGUUGUCACUGCUUACCUUUCACUGCCUAAACUUCAGUUUGAUAAGCACUCACUAUCUUGUGCUAGGAAGAAUUUAAAACAAACACUAAGAAUUAUGUGCACUGCGAGGUGAUCCUAUUCACUGUUGUCUUAAAUGCAGCACAGAGUUUGACUGUUAUUCAUCAUGUCGGUUAUGUAGCAUGUUUUUUUUUUUUUUAAAUGUCCGUUAUUUGACUGGUGUAUCACAGAGACUCUACCAGUACUAAAAGUUUAUUUAACUCUAGAUGUCUGAAGAGUUUGGCACAGUUGUGCUGUGUGAACACAAAGCUGGAUUCAUCUUUAAAUGUGCUUUAUGUGACAUCUCUGUGAACUUGCUAAGGAGUCGCAGCUGAGAUUGAGGUUAAGCAUUUUAAAAUAUCAUGUUACAAAUUUCUUAAUUACUUAUGUUGGACUUUUUCCUUCUAUUACUUUUUUUUUUUGAUGUUGCUUCAUGGUUUAUUAAUAAGCUGAUUUUAAAUAAGAUAAAACUAAUGGUGCUGAAAACAUUUUACAAAAUGAGUAGCUCUUUUUGUUCUUUAUGAAACAAAAAGUUCAGGAGUGUCAUUUUUAAUUCUAGUGUUUACUUUUUAAAUUUCAUCUUGCUGUCAGAACAAACACUAUUCACUUUGUUUUGCUGAAUAUCUGAAAAAACAGUAAAGCGUGCUGAGAGGUGUGUUUGAACACAAGUUAUGGUAGAGAUGAUGUAACUAGAGAAUUCUGCCUACUUCACGUACCGUAAAACUUCUUAUAAAAGCCCAUUCCAACUUAACGCCCACUCCCUUCUACUGGCCUGGUGCUGCUGCAAGUUUUAACAAAUAAAGGCACAUCUCAAAGAGAGGCCGCUGAGUAUUUAGUGUUGAUUAGUAUGAGGAUCAAAAAUACAUUUAGAGUGUCUCCGUCUCCCCCACACUGCAGCAGGUUGGGCUGGCUAAUAAAGAGCAAAUCAGUGAUUUGAAAGUUUGUAAACAUUUAGAUAUUCUUUCUGGUGGGAAUUUACAAAUGUAUAGUCUUUCCCGUCUUCGCUGUGCACAAGUUUUGUUUGAAAAUCAUGAAAGGCCCGUCUCAUAUUGACGCCUGUCCUAAAUAAAAAAGACCUAAAAUUUUAAAAACUGAUGUAAAUAAAUGCCCGGGCUAUUAAAUUAAAGCUUUACGGUAUUUACUUUUCAGGUACACUUCAUCGAUUUUGUGUUUUGCUGGUCAGUAUUAUUAAGCAUUAACUCUUCAUAUUUUCCUUCAGCACAAACGUAAAAUCUAUCAGGGUGAUUCAUCAAUAUCAAGGCAGAAAGUCCAUUUUGGUUGAAUUUACAGCAUGUUGUCUUUUUAACACUGUACUGUAUGUGUCGCACAAUUGGAGCAUGUUCUCACAUUUUCAGGCUAACUUACUUUGAUGAUUCUUUUAAAAGUCACUGCUUAUUAUGAGAUUAAAGGCAUGCACUUGAAGCAUGUUUUUUUUUUCUCUCCUUGAAGCCCAGUUUAUUGAGGCCUCUUGUCAUGUGUACCAGUAUUUCCAAUUUAACAUAUCUGCAUCAGCCAUAUUGGUACUGAGUUUAUGCCAAAAUAACUGAGAGUAGAGGGUGUGAUUGGUCUUUUGGUUUUGUAGAUUCAGACUCAGAGAUGGUGUUGGGACUUUGUUUAAGUGUGAAUGGCUCUAAUAAUUUUUCCUUUUUUUAUACUUUAGCUAGUUUCUUUCUUAUUUUAACAGUGAUUAUUAUGGAUUUACAGCUUGCAUACAAGUGAAACUAUGAAAUGGCUUUUGUUGUAUUUUUGUGUCUACCAAGUUCUCAUGGCUCUUCAAGGACAAUAACAAUGAAUGUUGCACACAAAGCACUACAGGAUAACUGGAUUUACUUGAGUUUUUCAGUGUUGUGUCACAAAUAAAGAUUAUAGAGGUA